CCGUCAACGUACUCAAAGAAAGAGAAGCAGCAUCAGAGAGAGGGAGAGGGAGACAUGGAAGACGAACACGGAGGGCAAAACACAGAGUCAGACCAAAACAAAAACAAGAAGAAGACAGUGAUAAAAAUACCAUCUUUUCAAGAAGUUCUUGAGAGUUCACAGUCAAAAUCAACCCCACAGUCUCUGUUCACUCCUUCACAGAGCUUUUCUCAAGCCUUUGCCUUCGUCAAGUCCUCUGAGUUCUACUCGCCUCCUCCUCCCCCUGCCACCUCCUCGCAACCCCUACAGGCCUCAGACACCGGUAAUUCAAGCAAAACUGGUCAAUCUGAUGUUCCAUCAUCAUCUGCUCCUACAAAUGCUGUUGCAUCAUCAUCAUCACCUGCUCAGCGUCGCAAUGCAAUUAUUGUGAGCCACAGACAGUUCUACUAUUUUCAACUCCGUGUAAAAUCUAAUUCCUCCAUGCAGAAGGGAAAUCCCUUGCUCAAACAUAUUAGAAAUGUGAGGUGGGAGUUUGCAGAUAUUGUUUGUGACUACUUACUUGGACAAAGCUCAUGUGCUCUCUAUCUAAGUCUUCGGUAUCAUCUGCUGCAUCCAGACUACCUAUAUUACCGUAUAAGAGAAUUGCAAAAGAAUUUCAAGCUUCGUGUUGUUCUUUGCCAUAUUGAUGUGGAGGAUGUAGUUAAGCCUUUACUUGAAGUUACUAAAACUGCUCUGCUUCAUGAAUGCACCCUAUUAUGUGGUUGGAGCUUGGAGGAAUGUGGUCGCUACUUGGAGACCAUAAAAGUUUAUGAAAACAAGCCUGCUGACAUUAUUCAAGGUCAAAUGGAUACAGACUAUUUAUCACGGCUAAAUCACGCGUUAACGACAGUUCGACAUGUUAACAAGACUGAUGUUGUCACCCUUGGUACUACGUUUGGGUCUCUUUCUCAUAUCAUGGAUGUUUCGAUGGAAGAUCUAGCUCGUUGCCCUGGGAUUGGAGAGCGCAAGGUAAAACGUUUGUAUGAUACAUUUCAUGAACCAUUUAAGCGUGUGGUUGCCAGCCGCCCUGCUGUUCCAGAAACCUCUGCCCCAAGCAAUGCUGAACCUGGUUCAGUGGAUGAAGAAGAUAAAGAAGCGGAGGAAACAGAAGACGAAAGCAAACGCAGGAAGAAAGAACCAGAAUUGACUGUUAAGUCAGCCUUGUCUGUUGCCUUUUCCAAAUAUGCUGAUAAAGUUAAUAAAAAGAACAGCAAGACACAAAGAGAGGAAAAAGGAGAAACAAGUGCUGCCAUGGAAGCUGAAACUGAAGAGAUGAGAUCAAAGUGAUCAGUAACUUGUCCCAUUCGAUGCCAUUGGGAAGAAGAUGGCCAGCUUCAUAGACUAGUGCAUUAACAAGUUUAGUUGCUGUAGCUCUCUAUUUGUGGGUUACAGUUCUGUUUUUGAGACCAUAUUGA